AUGUCUUUACCAACAAUGACCACUGCAGACCAAGCUUGCGGACCGGUAUAUACCAAGCACUUCAUUCCUCUCGAGUCAAAUCCAGACGUCUUCACCGAGCUUGCGCAUAAGCUCGGUUUAUCCACCUCAUUAGUCUUUGAGGAUGUGCUUUCUUUGGACGACCCAGAACUGCUUGGCUUUCUUCCGCGUCCCGCCUUUGCGUUGAUACUGGUGUUUCCGACGACGGACGACUAUGAAAAGCGAGUUCAAGACGAGGACGCUAAGCUUGAGGAGUUUCGAACCUCUGGAGGUGCUGGUGACGUGAUCUUCUUCAAGCAGACCAUCAAUAAUGCAUGCGGUCUUUAUGCGAUACUGCAUGCUGUCUGUAAUGGCGAGGCGCGACGGAGGAUCGACAGCGACUCGAUCAUCGCCCAAUUACUUGAUGCUAGUCUGACGCCUGAUUCAGAGGAGCUGGCGAAGGCAUUGGAAAAGAACGACGGGCUCGAACGGACAUAUGCUGGAGUAGCAAGCAUGGGAGAUACUGAAGCGCCCCUCAACGCGGAAGACGAGGUGGACUAUCAUUACAUCGCCUUUGUCAAAUCAGCCCAAGACAGCCAUCUAUACCAACUUGACGGCGACCGUAAGCGGCCGAUAGACCUCGGGACGCUCACAGCAGGUGAAGACGUUCUCUCCGAGAAAUGCCUUGGCGUCAUUCGCGGUAUGAUGGCAAGCGAAGACGAGAACCCCAACUUCAGCCUGAUGGCUCUGGUAGAGCAAGCAGAUAUGUAG